UUGCAAGGCCUCAAGUUGUGACGUAUUUGAUAAAGCCCGCAGCUCUUGGGCUCCUUGCUCCCAUUUCUACACCCAUUGUCCAGAGAGAAAGUCAGCAGCACCUUUAGGUCACUUGUCACAGUUUCCACUGACAUCUAAACUCCUGAUUCAACACUGAGGAGUAAGAGCAGUGCCUGAAAAAUCUCAUUUGACCAUCUGACAAAGGAAUUAAUACAGACAUGACAACCAAGAUGGAAAUACUUGACCCUUCAGCUCUAUCAGAUGUCACCUCUACCGUCACCUACAACCCUAAAUCUGAGACAGUGACCUUACCAGGAGGGCUCACCUCAGUGGCGGGCAUCACCGUGGUGACUGGAGGUACUGAACUGUCCUGUGCAUCCUGCAUGCUGGCGUUUUGUUUUUGGAAAACUCUCAUCGGCUUCAGUUGUAUAGCCGUGGGCCUGUGGGACCAACUGAGCCAGUCUAAAGGACACACUUCUCACCUACUGGGACUGGGAUUGGUGAUUCUGGCGAUCAGUUUCGUGGGAGUGGGAAGCGUGGUGGUGUAUGACCUCCUGACAAAGAAGGCCAGAGAGAUGACACGAGAGCAGAGGGAAGAUGGAAAAGAAGUUCUUGUAGAGAGUGGGAGGGUUAUUAAAAAAGUCACAGUAUAAAAAAAGACAUUGCAGAAUAUAAGCUAAACUGAUGAAACACACAGUCGUACUGGACAGGAAAAAACCUUCCUGUUGCGCUCACUCCCUGUCAGCACCACUCUACCUCCUCCUGUUCUCCCCUUUAUCUCUCAAUCUCAAUGCAAUUCCUGUUAUCCAGGGAAGCUUAAGAUAUUCCUUCAAUUUUAUGCUACUUUCUACUUCUACUCCACUACAUUUUAAGGGAACUGUACUAUAGCUUAUCAUCAGCUGUGAUUACACAGAGCAGAUACACACAGAACACAUGAGCAGCUUAUGAAAUAUGAUUUGUUGUGUAUGAUUUUUUGCAGUGUUGUAGAUUAAGCUACCCAAUAGUAUAGUAAAUAAUGAAAAAUAUAAUAACUUCAUCCAGUUUCAAUAUUUAACACAUAAAUACACCAGUAAUAAUUGUAUAGUAUAACACUCCAAAAGGGGACAAUUUGCUGUCUGAUAAGUACAGUUUGCUUGUAAUACUUCUGUAUUUCUACUUCAGUAAAAUUGUGAAUUCAGUAUAUUUACUAAUAGUAUAGUGUUUUUAUUUUGAGGUAUUGCUACUUUUGCAUGUACCAUGCAGACAGAUCAUGUAGAGUAUGCAAUAAAUGGACAAUAAAAUGCA